AUGACCGAACCCAAGACGUCUGGGAAGAUUGCUAUUAUCACCACUAGCACCCGCACUCCACGGGUUGGCCCAAAGGUCUCAGCUUUCAUUCACGAGAUGCUGCUUAUGGAGUACCAACAGCAUCAACCGGCCCUCUCCUUGACUCUAGUAGAUGUGGCCGAAUUCAAGCUUCCAUUAUUCGAUGAACCGGUCUUACCGGCCUUGGUGCCAGCGCAAGCGUCAUUCAUAUACGAGCACAGCAAGAAAUGGAGUACCGAAAUCGCCCAAUAUGACGGCUACGUGUUUGUGAUUCCUGAAUACAACCAUGGAAUGUCGGGGUCGACUAAAAAUGCCGUCGAUUAUCUCUUCCAUGAGUGGGUCGGGAAGCCUGUUCUCAUCGUCUCCUAUGGGACCAUGGGCGGAGCGAACGCAUCUAAGCAAUUCAAGGACGUCCUCCAAGGCAUGAGACUGAAAGUGUGCGCUACGUCGCCCACUCUGCCUUUCAAAGGUGGCAUAGUUGAUCGGACUGAGGGCUUCGCGGCCGGAAAAUCGGGCAUUCUGGGAGAAGCUACUCGUGGGGAGUGGGAGGAGAACAAGAAGGAGGAGAUCUUGAAGGGUUUCGGGGAACUGCUAAAUCUCCUUUCUCGCCAAAACUGA